AUGAGCCAGACAGCGAAAAACGGAUUGGAGUACAUCAGGACUCCAGAGCCAGAAAUACGGCUCAGAAAAGGACCCCAACUUGAUGGUACAAGGAAAGGUGAUAAUGACAAUCACCAAGGAGAUUUGGAGCCUGUUCUAGAGGCAUCUGUUCUUUCUACCCAUCAUAAAAAAAGCUCUGAGGAACAUGAGUGUAAUGAUGAAGCUUCUCAGGAAGAGGAGGGGUUUAUGGGCAUGUCCCCUCUCUUACAAGCCCAUCAUGCUAUGGAAAGAAUGGAAGAGUUUGUUUGCAAGGUUUGGGAAGGUCGAUGGCGAGUAAUUCCUCAUGAUGUCCUACCAGACUGGCUCAAGGAUAAUGAUUACCUUUUACAUGGACACCGGCCCCCUAUGCCUUCUUUCCGGGCCUGUUUUAAGAGCAUUUUCAGAAUACACACAGAGACAGGCAACAUCUGGACACAUCUCUUAGGUUGUGUAUUCUUCCUGUGCCUGGGGAUCUUUUAUAUGUUCCGCCCAAACAUCUUCUUUGUGGCCCCUCUGCAAGAAAAGGUGGUCUUUGGGUUAUUCUUCUUGGGGGCCAUUCUCUGCCUUUCUUUUUCAUGGCUCUUCCACACGGUCUACUGCCACUCAGAAGGGGUCUCCCGACUCUUCUCUAAACUGGACUACUCUGGUAUUGCUCUUCUGAUUAUGGGAAGUUUUGUUCCUUGGCUUUAUUAUUCUUUCUACUGUAACCCACAACCUUGCUUCAUCUACUUAAUUAUCAUCUGUGUGCUGGGCAUCGCAGCCAUUAUAGUGUCCCAGUGGGACAUGUUUGCCACCCCCCAGUAUCGAGGAGUACGAGCAGGAGUGUUUUUGGGCCUUGGCCUGAGUGGAAUCAUUCCUGCCUUGCACUACAUCAUCUCGGAGGGGUUUCUGAAGGCUGCCACCAUAGGGCAGAUCGGCUGGUUGAUGCUGAUGGCCAGUCUCUAUAUCACAGGGGCUGCCCUGUAUGCUGCCCGCAUUCCUGAACGCUUCUUUCCUGGCAAGUGUGACAUCUGGUUUCACUCUCAUCAGCUCUUCCACAUCUUUGUGGUUGCUGGCGCUUUUGUUCACUUCCAUGGGGUCUCAAACCUCCAGGAGUUCCGCUUCAUGAUCGGCGGAGGCUGCAGUGAAGAGGAUGCACUGUGA